UUCAAGAAGAGCUUCUUUUCGCCUCAGUGUAAAAAUGGCUGAGGUUGAUUUCGGGGAUACUGAGCUCUUUGAGCAGCUUGAAGACUCUGCACCGUUUAUCCCGAGACACAUUCGUUUCACGAAUGAUGAUGAGGAAAACCAAGAGGAGUCGAACCGACUUCAGAUCAAGCUCGAAGAGUGUGAAGCAAACGUCCAGAAACUUUCGGAGGAGAAUAGAGUUUUACAACGGAAACUGAACAUAUUGACACGACCAAGCGGCAUCACAGUUGACGAUGUCGGUAUGGAUGGACCCUUUCUUCAGAUCCUUUAUGCGAAUAACGUUGUAUCGAAGCAAUGUCGUCAAGAAAUUGAAGACUGUGUCUGCAAUGUGAUCCAUAAACACCAGAAACCAAGCAGUGAGAAGCAGAAAACGUUUCACAUGAAACCCCAGAGCUCCGCUUUUGCUUUGGAUGAAGAUCCACAGAAGUUGGUCACCAGUAGUGUGAGAACAACAACAGAGGCCUUUAAAGUGGUUGGAAGUGUUUUAUAUUUUGCUACCUUUAGUGUUGACAAACUUGGACAGCCUUUGGUGAAUGAAAACCCCCAGCUGACCGAUGGAUGGGAUGUUCCAGUCUACUUGCAGGUAUUCAACUUAGUGAUUGGAGCUGAAGGACAGGAAAUAGAAAUGAAAGAUAAAAGACCCAAGUCUAUGUGUUUCAACUGCGGCUCAAGCAGUCAUCAGCUCAGAGACUGUCCAAAGCCUAAAGACAUGACUGCAAUAAAUGAAAGAAGAAAGGAGUUCAAUCAGAACAACCAGGUUAUGGUGGGUAACCAGCGAUACCAUGCAGAAGAAGUGGAGGAGCGUUUUGCCAGAUUCAAACCUGGAGUCAUUAGCGAGGAGCUUUUGGCAGCCCUGGGAGUUAAAGGCAACACCCUCCCUCCUCUGAUUUAUCGAAUGAGACAGCUGGGUUAUCCACCAGGUUGGCUCAAGGACGCAGAGAUGGAAAACUCUGGUUUAUUCCUAUAUGAUGGAAAUGCAUCAAAUAAUGGCGGUGAAACACAAGAUACUUCACAGAGCAGCUCCUAUGAUGUUUCCAAACUGGUGGAUUUCCCAGGCUUCAAUGUGGCUGCCCCUCAUAACAUGAAAGAUGAGUUCAUGCAUUAUGGCUCGAUUCCCAUGCAGAGCAGCCACAUGAAGCAAAACUAUGCAGCAUAUCUGUCCAACAGCUUCCCUCUGCCUGGUGCCGCCUGCAACAAAAGACAACAAGAGUCUGACUCCUCUCCACAACUGAAGAAGAAGCUAAAGUCUAGCCCUGAUCGCAUCUCAGACAGAAGUUCAGACAUGGAUAUUGAAUCAGGUUGCUAUUCAGAUCCAGGGACAGUUUACAGCACUGGUGACUUUCAGUUCCAGUCACCUCUACCACCAGGCUCUCCUUCCUUCAGUUCACCACCUCCUUUACCAGAGGGCACCCCCCCUUCUACACCCAUUCCUCCACCUCUCCCAAAAGGUACACCUCCACCCACACCCACCAACGGCUCUCCAGCUCUGGAAGGGCGUACCAGGACAGUAGUUAAUGAAAACGAGGAGGAAGCAGAAGAUGAACUGACACUGGAGGAACUGGAGGAGCAGCAGAGGUUGAUCUGGGCAGCACUGCAAAAUGCAGAUUCAGCCACCAAUAGUGAUAGUGAAACACCAGCCUUAGGAACACCUGUGCCCAGUUCACCAAGCGUUUCCACAUCGGUACGCACAGACACAGAAACGGAGGAGGUUGAAGAGUCAACAGACAAAGUGACAGCUGCUGAACCUUGUAGUGAUGAAAAGUGGGUGCAAGAGAUCGACACUCAAAGCCCUGGACCAGUCAAAGUUAAGGAGGAGAGUCCUCAGAGUCCUGAGCCUGUCAAAUCCCAAGAUGAUAGCCCUCAGAGCCCUGAUCCAGACAUGUCUAAUCUGGGGGCUGGAGAAGGUCCUCAAAAGCAGGUAGAAAAGAUUACUGGUAUUCCUCAUCGAAGCAGGUUUGCAGCUGGAAUCGUCCCAUUUGAAAAUACACCUGAAUUCACAGAGGUGGCUGAAGCGACAGGAACAUACCUGAAGAUCAGAGACUUGCUUAAAUGUUCUCCUCGGAGUUUGGCAAAGAAAAACUAACAUUCGGAACACAAAGUAUGAAUAAAUGCUAAAUCUGAAACAUCAGAUUUAAUUUUUACUAAGCAUAACUUUGUUUCUAGCUCUUUUUUAAAAUUGUAAAAAUACCAAGAGAGAUGAAGCUUUUAGGAAGGCUGCAACAUGUUUUGAGCAGCAUUGUGACAUUGUUUGCUUAUUUUAUUGUAAAAUUUGUAUAGUUUUAAUUUUAUAAGGCUUCAUGGCUUUUUUUUUGUUGUCACAUUUGAAAUGCUCUACAAGCAUAAAUAAAUGGGCCUCAUUUUGUUUAACCAGUGU